AUGUUCGGAAACUACAUGGAUUUUGAAGAUGACCCCUUCUUCACAGAUCCAUUCCGCGCACACCGAGAUCACAUGCGCCAGAUGAUGCGGAGUUUCUCAGAGCCUAUGGGUGGACCCUUCAUGCCGAGCAUCACGGAUGGGAGAAACUGUGGGCACAACCCGGUGGACCCGCCGGCGUUGAGGGGCGAUCACAGGAACACCCGGAAUAUACCCUCGCAAGCCCGAAGAGAGCUUGCAAAUUCUACACAGGAAGGCCGCAGCCUAGCAGUUCGAAAUCGAAGCUUCAGAACUGACACCACGAUGAACCCUUUUGGCAUGUUUGACAACUUCGUGACCAGCAUGAGGACCAGGAUGGAUGGGAUGCACAAAAACUUUACCAUGGGCACAGAUGCAAACACCCACUCGUUCAGCUCAUCAUCAGUCAUGACGUAUUCCAAAGUUGGAAACGACCCCCCGAAGGUCUUCCAGGCCUCGUCAUCAACACGCCGGGCCCCCGGAGGCGUGAAGGAGACGGUGAGAUCCUUGAAAGACUCCGAAAGCGGUCUUGAGAAGAUGUCCAUCGGUCACCACAUCCAAGACAGAGGACAUGUUGUUGAGAAGAAAAUGAACAAAAAAACAGGAGCUAAAGAGUUCAUACAGGACUUCCAGAAUAUAGAUGAAUCUGAAGCGCAGUCCUUCGACGAGGAGUGGCAGAAAGAGUUGUCCAAGUUUAAGCCUUCUGUUUCCAUGGCUCAACUGGAGCCGCCACGACAUCACAGAGGCCAGCAGCCAACUCUCGCCGGUGCUGCACAGACCCACAGAGAACAACCCAAAUCCAAACCUAAAAGUAUCCUGAAGUCUUCCAACUCAACAAAAGAAUAA